AUGGACGAGGCCAGCACUUCCGCUGCGGCGAACGUCCCUUCGACGUCGUCGUCGCCGAGCUCAUACACGAAUGUGACCAUAGGUCCUGACGACAACUUUGACUGGGAAGCUUAUGUCGCUGCGUAUACGGGUCCAGCUCGAUCUCAGCGCCUCAUGUACAUUGCGACACACUGCCCUGCUCUCCGCAAGACGUGCAGCAAAGUGGCAAUCGACCACAUCAGAGAAACCACCCGUGAUGUAUCUGCCUACCAAGCGAUGGUCACAGUACACAACACCGAACCUGGGACGGGAAAUCUCAUCUUAGCAUCCGAACGCAUUCAAGCUGACUCGGAAUGGAUCCAGUCAACCCAACAGCGCAACAAUGCCGAACGCGAAAAGCUCGAGCUCGAAAUGCGCAACUACCAGAACAACCUCAUCAAGGAGUCAAUUCGUAUGGCGCAUCGCGACCUUGGCGACCAUUUCUGGGACACUGGGGACUACGCUGAGGCGCUCAAAUCGUAUACCAAGACACGAGACUACUGCUCGACGACAGACCAUGUCAUCGAGAUGUGCAUGAAUGUCAUCGAGGUCUCGCUGCGUAUCGAGAACUGGACCAACGUGCAAACUUUUGUCAGCAAGGCAGAGGGCGUCUUGGAAUCGUAUGUUCCUUCUGGCAGUGCAGGUGGCCGAAAGUUGAGUUCGCUCAGCACAUCGAACAUUGCUCCUCCAACCAAGGGCGGAUCGACACCGGGAGCAGAUGCGAUUGGAGCGCUUUUCCGAGCGGGUGGAAGCUCAGCAGCACAACCAGCACCGACCACGUCUUCAAGUACGCAGGCUGGAUCGAGCGGCGAGAGCGCAUCUCAGACUGCGGCCAAGAAGCUGGUCGCCGAGACAGGCGCCAAGCUCCGUGCUGCCAAUGCCAUUGCAUGUAUCGGUCAAGGCCGAUACGAAGCAGCGGCAAAGCUUCUGCUUAGCAUCGACCCAGCACACAGUCCUGCAUUCGCAGACAUUAUCACUCAAUCUGACGUUUCGAUCUACGUUGCGCUAUGCAGCUUGGCCACGAUGGAACGAGGUGCUCUUAAAACACAAGUCAUGGAGAACAGCAAGUUCAGGGGCUUCCUCGAGCACGAGCCUUACGUACGUGAGCUGUUGGAAGCCUUCAGCUCAGCACAAUUCAAGAAGGUCGGCGAAAUUCUGAAUCAGCACGAAGCGCGGCAUCUUCUUGACCCGUAUCUUGCUUCACACGUGAACAGCCUCCGCACAUCGUUCACCAGGCGAGCGCUGCGACAUUUCUUCACACCUUUCGACCGAAUCAGCAUCACCAGGAUGGCAGCAGCAUUUGGAUGGGAGGAGGAUAGGAUGACAAACGAGCUGGCGGCGUGUAUCGAGCGUGGCGAGUUCAAAAACUUACUAGGCAAGGCGGCAGAGGUGGGAGAUGCGAGAAUUGAUGCGACCACGCAAACGCUCGAGUACCGUAUCAAGGAUGCUCGCAGGGCGGUGUUCGAUUCUGCCCUCGAGCUCGGUGACAAGAGGUGUAGGGAGACAAAGCGACUUCUAUUGCGGAUGAAGCUGGUCGAGAAUGGCGUGGUGGCCAAGGCGAACCGGUCGUAUACUGCCGAUGCUUAG